GAGAGACAGGCCAGACAUCAGAUAACGGAGUAACAGAUCAAUCGACAAAUAACAAAGUAACGGGUCAGACAACAGAUCAAUCGACAAAUAACGAAGUAACGAGUAACAGUGGAGUGUCAGAUCAAACGACAGAUAUCGGAGAGACAGGUCAGACAUCGGAAAAAGCAGAAACAGAUCAGACGACAAAUAAUGAUUUAACGGGUCAGACAACAGUAAGUACCGGAGUGUCAGAUCAGACGACAGAUAUUGGAGAGACAGGCAAGACAUCAGAUAACGGAGUAACAGAUCAAUCGACAAAUAACGAAGUAACGGGUCAGACAACAGAUCAAUCGACAAAUAGCGAAGUAACGAGUAACAGUGGAGUGUCAGAUCAAACGACAGAUAUCGGAGAGACAGUCCAGACAUCGGAAAAAGGAGAAACAGAUCAGACGACAAAUAAUGACGUAACGGGUCAGACAACAGUAAGCACCGGAGUGUCAGAUCAGACGACAGAUAUCGGAGAGACAGAUCAGACGACAAAUAACGAAGUAACAGACCAGACAACAGAUAGCCAAGUGACUGGUCAGACAACUGUUACUGAUGACGGAACAACGAGUCAGACAACAAUUGUCGGAGUUACAAAUCAGUCAACUAAUAGCGGAGUGACAGAUGUCUCAACAGGUUCAACUACUGUCGCUCAGUCCACGACACAAUAUCCAACGAAAGAUCCAAUUCUUGAUGAUGCUGUGUUUAAAUUUGAUAUGGAUAUAAAAAUUGAAAUGGCUUUCACUGAUUUUAAUGAAACAGAAUUCUCUUUGUUUAUACGUGGAACAAUAUCUAACACAUGUGAUAAAAGUUUGUGUAAAAGCUACGAAAUUGUGAAGAUAUGGGAAGGUAGUGUUUACAUCAAAAGUAUUCUAUCUGUUGAUGCUCGUGGCUUUCAAGAUCAGAAUAAAACAAACAGUUUAGACACUCUAAACAAUACCUUUUCAAAUGUGUCAAGUAGCACUUACCUUAAUUACAGUAUGUCGGUCGAAAACAACCCACCUUCCUCAGAUAUGGUGAAUGAUGUAUGUAAAGCUACGAAUGUGAAAUGCGUCAACGGAUAUCAUUGUGAAUCAAACCGGUGUAGAAAUAAUUGUAUAAAACUAAGCUGUGGUGAACAUGGAAUUUGUGAGUCUUUGCAAAAUUACACAAUUUUUAGGUGCAGAUGUACCAGUGAAACAUAUUAUGACUACCAAGGAACAAAUUGUAAUGAAAAAGCAUUCAAGUGGCAAGUGCUAGUAGGUAUCUCAGUAGCUGUAGCAUUUGCCAUCAUCGUGGUAAUAGUGAUUGCAUUCCUAUGUUAUUGCUACAAGAUGAGAGUGAAAUAUUCUAAACGAAGCCGCUAUGCAGAAUCAUUGAACGAUGCAUUUGGUUUAGAUACUAGUGACAUGCCACUAACAAACUUUGCUGAUAAACAAGAGGAGGGUUUUCAGUUUUACCAUAAUCAAAAUUCAAAGGCUGGAGUCAGCAAUGAAGGCUUUGUACAAGCAGAUUAUAACAACGCAUCUGUAGGACGAAACUAUGACAACGACAGUGAGGGAUAUACCAACCAAACUCUUACAUCCAGUUUUACUGCUAAUCUCAGUCAUAUCGACCCAAAAGCAGAUGUAAAUAUGAGCAAAGAUUGUAAAAGAGUCAAAAAUCUGAACUUCAUUUUACCAAUGUCCAGAUUUUUAGGAUACUAAUGUAUAGUACAUAAUCUUUAAAACAACAGAUACAAACAUCUUUAUAACUUGCAAAUUAUAUCGCCCUUCUUCAGGGUUUAAUUGUGUUAUUUUCAUGAAAACAGGAAUUGGGAAUUAAAUCUUGUAUUCCAAUAAUAUAUUAGUGUUGAACAAUUGAUUACAAUUUUUAAAAAAAAAGUACGAUUAUACAAAAGUUUCACCAUAAAAUUCAGUUUUAUAUCUGCUUUACGACUAUAAUGAUAUAGAUAUUUCCAAAUAACGAAGUAAAUCCCCGCAUAUUCCCACUUUAAGUCAAAUUAGACUUUUUUCUUUAAACGUUACCAUUGUACGUAGUCCUUUUUUUUAUUUCGUCGUUUUUUUUUAACAAAACCCUUGCAUAUUUGUGAUAUAUAUUCAUUUUUGAUAUGUUGCCAAGUUAAUCGGGUUUGCUUUGUGUAUUAUAUUGUCCAUUCCUAAUAAAUGUAAAGCAAUAAGUUCUAUCAUAGUCAAUAUCAAUAUUUUAGUCAAUUUAUUUUCAAAAUCGUAUUAAUCAAUCGAGUUCAAUGAUGUCAUCUAAAUUACUGACAGACUGACAACAAGGUAAUUGCAAAAAAUAUUGUGAAAAUUUUAUUAAAAAAUGCUUUCUUGACGACUGCAGCACUUUUCAGUGUAAAGGUAAAGAUAAACACAAAGCCAUAUAAACUGUACAAGUUAUAUUAUUAUUGUGUUUAAAUGUGAUAGGCUAAAUGCUGCUUUAUGAUAGUUGUGUCAAAUAUUGUUUUAAAAUAUUUCCACAUAUUGUUCUUCAUAAAGCCCUUUACUAAGGUCGAUACACAGUAUUAUAUAACAUGUCAAUAGUUGUUAUUACUUACCUUUUUUGUUAUUCUAUUUUACAAAAGUGGCCAUCUCGCUUUUAUUUUACUUAUGAUCUAUCGAUAUCGGAUUCAAUUUUUAUUUUUAUAUAUAGUUCUAAUUCGCAUACCGAUGUGACCAUUAUAAUUACUUAAGGAAUGACCUCAACAUUUUUUCAGUUUAUCGAUGUAUAAACAGAAAAAAAACCUGUGUAUACUGUAUAAAUCCUAGAGAACAGCCAAUCAAAAAUAAGUACGUCACCUAUUUAUAGUCUACUGUCUACUGUCAACAUGAAAGUUGAUGGAGUUCUAAAUAAGUCCAGAAUUCAUGCUAUUGUUGAGAUUUGGAGUGUGCACAUUUGAGGGAAUUUGGAAAAUACCUUUAUCGAUUGUGUCGAUUUCGGCUCUGUUGAAGUUCGAAGGAACGACAGCGACGCCGUGUAGUAGCCACGCCAAUCAAACUCAAUGAUGAGUUCGUUAAGGGGUGAAGCUUAUAUUUUCAUUCCGUUUACACGGAUAUAAACCGAUGCACGUGAUCUCUGUUAUCAAAUUUCGUGAAUCCGUGUAAUCUGAAUCGUGAUUUUAUUAUAUAAUAAUGUAUAAUAUUUACUCAGAUAAUCAGCCUUGUCUCUAACCUCUUAUAUCAAAGUAUUAUUGUACACUAUUUUAUAUAUUUAGCAAAAAUCAUUCUUAAAUUUUAUCAUCAUUUAUAAUAUAUUUUUAUAAAUAAAAUUCUUUCUACGUUUCUA